UGUCGAAGCCCUCGCCCAAGAUGACUAGGAGCGCAGUUCAGUCUACGCCACGAGGACAAGCAGGUGGAACACGCACGAGGUGUCGUGAUGUUGGCUUUGCGGAGCAUGACUACGCCCUUUCCGUUCGUGAUCUGUUUCGGCGCGUUGGACGUGUCCCUGCGCGCGCGCAUGAGAUGCGCUGUACAGAGCAGAGAAAGGGGUUGGUCCGGAGCACGUACCACACGACGUGGUGCUGUUGCCCGACGCCCCAGACGGUCCCGGCGUGCGGGUAGAGCACGGGCGGGACGAAGACGUCGCGGGCGUCCAGCGGGAGGGCGCCGACGCUGCGGAUCGAGAACAUCGCGGACAUGAGCACGGCGGCGGCGGCGAAGGCGGUCGUGGAUUUCAUCGUGGGUCGUGGGUCGUGAACGAAAGGGCGGAGGGAGGGGAGAGAGAAGAAAAGAGGCGCAGGAGGAAAGCGAAGGGAGAUGGGGCGGAGAGUAAGGGGAGGGGGCGGUGUAUAUAUAGGCAGAUGUACGCCGCGCACUCACUGCAUUCUGCCUGUGCCGCGUAGGGCAGAAGUCUCCGCGGUUGCGUCAUCGGACCGGACAGGUGAUGUCGCCGGCGGGCCAGAUGGGUGGAGGAUCAUCCUGCGUGCAGAGAAGCGCUGCUGGCUCCUCUGAGCUCGCCGGAUGGGGUGCUGGCCCCGUGGACCGAAGGCACAGGUUCCAAGCUGAACCGUGUGGAAGGGGAAAGAAAUAAAAUGCGAGAUUGCGCCACUGUCAGGUCAGACACAGACACAUCUCGCGGCCGUUAAUGCCCGCAGCGGCAUGUCAGGGGGAGCCUGGGGGCCCACAGCAUGUGCGGAAGAAACGGGGCCACAGUGGGAAGCAUAAAGCAGCAUUCGUAUGAUCGAUGACUCACCGAUUUCCGAUCAAGUCCGAGGUCAAGCAGUUUUCGUGAAAUUUAUUCUAGUUCAACAUUUACAAUACAGAGGGAGAUGAG